GCAUGAGAGCGGAUACUUCCAAACAAAUCGAAUGAACUUGGACAACUGUCUCAAAAUAAGAUCAGCUAAACUUCUUAUUGGAUUUUAGAACUCAAACCAAUAAAAGGACAUGUCGUCCCCUGGCUCUCUUGUUACUGGGACCACUGGUUCUGUGCUUCAGCCGCGAUGGAAACGAGUUCUCGGAUGGUCUGGCCCAGUACCUCGGCCAAGGCACGGUCACAGAGCUGUCGCUAUCAAGGAGCUGAUGGUUGUAUUUGGGGGUGGAAAUGAAGGAAUUGUUGACGAAUUACAUGUUUACAACACAGCAACCAAUCAGUGGUUUAUUCCAGCAGUGCGUGGAGAUAUUCCCCCUGGUUGUGCUGCAUAUGGAUUUGUGUGUGACGGCACCCGUCUGUUGGUCUUUGGAGGAAUGGUGGAGUAUGGAAAGUAUAGCAAUGACCUUUAUGAACUACAGGCAAGCCGAUGGGAAUGGAAAAAACUAAAACCCAAAGCUCCUAAGAAUGGACCCCCCCCUUGCCCCCGCUUGGGCCACAGCUUUUCUUUGGUGGGCAACAAGUGCUAUCUCUUCGGAGGGCUGGCCAAUGACAGUGAAGACCCUAAAAACAACAUUCCCAGAUAUCUGAAUGAUCUGUAUACCCUGGAGCUUCGUCCUGGUUCUGGUGUUGUGAGUUGGGAUAUCCCAAUCACAUAUGGGGUGCUACCCCCUCCACGCGAGAGCCACACAGCUGUUAUUUAUACUGAAAAGACGAGUAAGAAAUCUCGUCUGGUCAUAUACGGAGGUAUGAGCGGGUGUCGUCUUGGAGAUCUAUGGACUUUGGACAUCGAUACACUUACCUGGAAUAAGCCUUCAGUGAGCGGCACAGCACCUCUUCCCCGCAGUCUCCACUCAGCCACUACCAUUACCAAUAAGAUGUAUGUGUUUGGAGGAUGGGUUCCCCUGGUGAUGGAUGAUGUGAAGGUGGCAACACAUGAGAAAGAAUGGAAAUGUACCAAUACCCUGGCCUGCCUGAAUUUAGAUUCCAUGUCGUGGGAGACAGUUUUAAUGGACACUCUGGAAGACAACAUACCACGUGCUCGGGCAGGACACUGUUCUGUUGCCAUUAACGCCAGACUGUAUGUCUGGAGUGGUCGUGAUGGUUACCGGAAAGCAUGGAAUAAUCAGGUCUGCUGUAAGGAUCUGUGGUACCUAGAGACAGAGAAGCCUCAUGCUCCUUCGCGAGUGCAGCUGGUGCGAGCUAACACCAAUUCCUUGGAGGUCAGCUGGGGUGCGGUGUCCACCGCAGACACCUACCUGCUGCAGCUUCAGAAAUACGAUAUCCCGUCUGCAUCAGCGGCAACCUCAUCGGCUGUGAACGCAACGCCUUCUGUACCCGCAAACUCGCCCAAGAGUCCAGCACCUGCUGCCGCCGCUCCCUCCACCCAGAGCUUACCACACACUGGCAUCACUCUAGUGCCUCAGGCUGCCUCACCCACAGCCCCUGGCCUUCCAGUCUUACCAAAUGUGCCAGGAAGCCCCACAGCUGCCUCCUCAGCACGUGGUCCAGCCAUUUUGAAAGUUGCAGCCCCUCAGUCCAGCUCUGGAGCUUCAGUUGUCACAGUGCGACAAGCCAACCAAGCUGGGAAAUCCCCUGUCACUGUGACCUCUCUUCCUGCAGGUGUUCGGAUGGUUGUUCCUGCACAAUCCACUCAAGGAACGCCCAUUGGCAGCAGCCCUCAGAUGAGUGGAAUGGCAGCUUUGGCUGCUGCUGCGGCAGCUACUCAGAAGAUCCCUCCUUCCUCUGGGACCACUGUCUUGAAUGUGCCAGCUGGGGCUACCAUUGUCAAAACAGUCGCUGUGUCACCAGGCUCUACUGCACUUCCCACUACCGUCAAAGUAUCGUCUCCUCUUAUGGUGAGUAACCCUGCUACCCGCCUGCUGAAGACUGCUGCGGCCCAGGUGGGCACCUCUACAGUGUCAAGCCCCAACACACCCACUCGACCAAUCAUCACAGUUCACAAAUCUGGCACUGUGACUGUGGCACAACAGGCUCAGGUGGUCACCACUGUGGUGGGUGGAGUCACCAAGACCAUAACCCUCGUCAAGAGUCCUCUGACCAUGGGAGGUGGUGGCACACUGCUCUCCAGCCUUGGCAAGGUGAUGUCUGUAGUGCAGACCAAACCAGUGCAGACUUCAGCUGUUACUGGCCAGGCCUCCACCAGUCCUGUCACUCAGAUUAUACAGACGAAAGGCCCUCUGCCUGCUGGCACCAUUCUAAAACUGGUGACGUCAGCCGAUGGCAAACCCACCACCAUCAUCACGACCACGCAGGCAGGUGGCACAGGAAACAAGCCCACCAUCCUUGGCAUUAGCAGUAUGUCUCCCACUGCCACUACCAAGCCAGGAACCACAACUAUCAUCAAGACCAUCCCCAUGUCUGCAAUCAUGACCCAGCCUGGAGCAACAGGUGUUACUAGCAGUACAGGGAUGAAGUCGCCUAUUACCAUCAUCACUACCAAGGUGAUGACCUCUGGCACAGGCACUCCUGGCAAAAUCAUCACAGCUGUGCCUAAGCUUGGUACAGGACCAGGUCAACAGGGAGUAACUCAGGUGGUUUUGAAGGGUGCACCAGGCCAGCCUGGGACUAUUUUGCGAACUGUACCAAUGGGAGGAGUUCGUCUUGUUUCUCCAGGAACUGUAUCUGCCGUCAAACCAACUGUAACCACAUUGGUUGUUAAGGGCACAACUGGUGUUACAACUCUGGGGACGGUGACAGGCACGGUUUCUACCAGCCUAGCUGGUGGAAGUGUUGCCAGUGCCAAUGCCUCUCUGGCUACACCCAUUACCACCUUGGGCACCAUAGCAACAUUGUCCAGCCAGGUCAUCAGUCCCUCUGCCAUCACUGUGUCAGCAGCCCAGACCAGCUUGACUGCAGCUUCAACGCUUCCCACAUCUGCCAUUACCAUGCAGACUGUAAAUCAGCCUGCCCAGGUUACCCUUAUAACUACACCCAGUGGAGUGGAGGCCCAGCCAGGACAGGACCUACCGGUCUCCAUACUGGCUUCUCCUACGUCAGAGCAACCGAGCUCAACAGACGCUGGUCCAGGUGACACUUCUGGAAAUGUGACAUUGGUGUGCUCCAACCCCCCCUGUGAAACACACGAGACUGGCACCACCAACACUGCUACGACCUCAACAGUCAACAUGAGUGGGGUGCAGCAGGUGUGCUCAAAUCCACCCUGUGAGACACAUGAAACAGGCACCACUAAUACAGCAACCACAGCCUCUUCAAACAUGAGCUCUGGCCAGACGGGCACCGUACAGAGGGUCUGCUCCAAUCCACCCUGUGAGACACAUGAAACAGGCACCACUAAUACAGCCACCACAGCCUCUUCAAACAUGAGCUCUGGCCAGACGGGCACCGUACAGAGGGUCUGCUCCAAUCCACCCUGUGAAACACAUGAAACAGGCACCACCAAUACAGCAACCACAGCCUCUUCAAACAUGAGCUCUGGCCAGACGGGCACCGUACAGAGGGUCUGCUCCAAUCCACCCUGUGAAACACAUGAAACAGGCACCACCAAUACAGCCACCACAGCCUCUUCAAACAUGAGCUCUGGCCAGACGGGCACCGUACAGAGGGUCUGCUCAAAUCCACCCUGUGAAACUCAUGAAACUGGCACCACCAAUACAGCAACCACAGCCUCUUCAAACAUGGCAGGCAGCCAGACUGGCACCGUACAGAGGGUCUGCUCAAACCCUCCCUGUGAGACCCAUGAAACAGGCACCACCAACACAGCUACCACGGCAACCUGCAAUAUGGAGACAGGAGAGGGUGCAGGUCAACAGAGUGGAGAUGCGUCUGAGCCAGGCACCAGCACAGAUGUGCCCUCCACUGCAACUUCUGGAACAAACCCAACAACUACCCAGAGUAGAGCCAUCACCACAGUCACCCAAGCCACACCUGCCCCAGGGCCUGCAGUACCAUCCAUCUCGUCCAUCACUGAGGCGUCCUCAGGUGUGGGUGAGCUGCAGCAGGAUGAGUCUGCUGCCCAGGCCGCAGGCUCUGAAGCUGAGCCCAUGCAGACGGAGUCCCAGGCCGAGAUGGGAGCAAUGCCUAUGGAGCAGGGUGUAGCAGAAGGAGGGGCAGCUCAGGUGCAGCUUCCAACGGCUGAGAUGGAGGGCAUGGAGGCUGCGUCCCAGGACGUGGAGGGACAGGGUUUACCAGCAGAGCUGAUGAUGGAGGGCCAGCCCACAACACUCAUGGUCACUGGUCUGACCCCAGAGGAACUGGCCGUAACUGCCGCAGCAGAGGCAGCCGCUCAGGCGGCAGCCACAGAGGACGCCCAGACCCUGGCCAUCCAGGCAGUCCUACAGGCAGCGCAGCAAGCAGUGAUGAGUUCAGGUGAGGGGGAAGCAGAGGGUGGAGCUGACGGGCACCAGACCCACAGUAUCCCCAUAGUGCUGACCCAGCAGGAGCUGGCAGCUCUGGUCCAGCAUCAGCAGCAGCUGCAGGAGGCCCAGGCAGCACAGCAACAGGGAACAGCCCAGUCCACGUUGCCCACAGAGGGCCUGGCCCCGGCCGACAGCCUCAACGACCCCACGUCCGAGAGCAACGGCCACAACGAAAUGGCCACCGCGGUCUCCAGUGCUGUGGCCGGCCUGCUGUCUCAGACGUCUGCCGAGACCUUGGCUCCAUCCAGCUCAUUAGCACCAGCUGUUGUCGCCAGUCCAGCCAAGAUGCAAGCAGCCACAGCGCUCGCUGAAGUAGCCAAUGGGAUCGAGGCAGGGAAACAAACACCACCAACUGCCACAGUCAAGCCACCUGUGAAAAAAGAAAACCAGUGGUUCGAUGUUGGAAUUGUCAAGGUGACAAACAUGGUAGUAACGCAUUAUUACGUGCCUGGAGAUGACGUCUCUUACGCUGAGGAUGACUCUGGAACAGUCCCCGACUACAGCCAGAUGAAGAGAGUCGAAUUGCAACCAGGCACAGCCUACAAGUUCCGUGUGGCUGGCAUCAACGCCUGUGGACGUGGCAACUUCUCUGAGAUCUCUGCUUUCAAGACCUGUCUGCCAGGCUUCCCCGGGGCACCAUGUGCCAUAAAGAUCAGCAAGAGCCCAGAUGGUGCCCACCUCACUUGGGAACCCCCAUCGGUAACAUCAGGGAAGAUCAUUGAGUAUUCUGUCUACUUGGCCAUACAGAGCAGCCAGACCACAGAGGCCAAAGCCUCUGCCCCGGCACAGCUUGCCUUUAUGCGAGUGUACUGUGGCCCCAGCCCCUCAUGCCUAGUGCAGUCCUCCAGUCUGUCCAAUGCUCACAUAGACUACACCACCAAGCCCGCCAUCAUCUUCCGCAUUGCUGCACGCAAUGAAAAGGGCUACGGCCCAGCCACACAAGUGCGAUGGCUACAAGAGUCGAGUAAAGAUGGCGCCUCUGGAAAGCCUGCCCCAAAAAGAACAGUCUCUUCGCCAGAUGUUAAAGGGACUGGUCCAAAGAGAGCGAGAACGGACCAGUGAAGAGGGGGGAGCAGAUGCACAUACCCUCCCUCCCACGAAGACUGAUCCCUCCACCCUGUGCUCCAUCUCACUUAACUCAUCAACAACUCUUAUGACACACACUCAUUUCAACAGCUUGAGCCCUAAGCAAGAAGUGAACGUGCUGAUUGUUACACACAACCUUUUGGCUUUUUUUUCUUUUCUUUUGAGCAAAAGGAGUGAAA